AAAAAUUAAAAAAAAAAAGUUUCGAAUUCAUUUUUGUUUCUGCAGCAGCAACAACAACCGAGCCCUGUUCGUUAGGGUUUUCGGUUUUUGUUAGCUUCUUCCUCUUCAGCCUCUUUGAUUCCAUCCGCCUGUUUUUUGUUGUUAACAUGGCGGAGAAAUCACCAGAAACUGUGAUGCUUUUGCACGGUGACCUCGAUUUGAAAAUUGUCCAAGCGAGGAGGCUACCUAACAUGGAUAUGUUCUCAGAACAUAUGCGUCGUUGCUUCACCGCUUGUAAUUCCUGUACAACACCUGCCACGGAUGACGAUCCUAGAGACCGAGGCGAAGCCGGUGAUACAAACAUCCGUAGCCACCGUAAGGUUAUCACCAGUGAUCCUUACGUCACCGUCGUCGUCCCACAGGCGACUCUAGCUCGGACACGCGUUUUGAAAAAUUCUCAAGAUCCUCUUUGGAACGAGAGUUUCAACAUUUCCAUUGCGCAUCCGUUGUCUUAUCUCGAGUUCCAGGUCAAGGACGACGAUGUUUUCGGUGCCCAAAUCAUUGGCACGGCUAAGAUCCCGGUUCGAGACAUCGCGUCGGGAGAACGCAUUUCUGGUUGGUUUCCUGUACUCGGUGCUUCGGGAAAGCCGCCUAAGAAAGAAACUGCUCUUUACAUCGAUAUGAAAUUUACUCCGUUCGACCAGAUCCAUAGUUACCGAUCUGGAAUCGCCGGAGAUCCGGAGCGUAAAGGUGUGAAACGGACUUAUUUCCCUGUGAGGAAAGGAAGUCAGGUGAGGCUUUACCAGGAUGCUCAUGUUAUGGACGGAAUGUUGCCGGCAAUUGGGCUGGAUAACGGGAAAGUUUAUCAGCAUGGCAAGUGUUGGGAAGAUAUAUGUUAUGCUGUAUCUGAGGCUCACCACAUGAUUUACAUUGUUGGCUGGUCUGUCUUCCAUAAGAUUAAGCUGGUUAGGGAACCGACAAGGAAAUUACCAAGAGGUGGUGAUUUGACCCUUGGGGAAUUGCUGAAAUACAAAUCCGAGGAAGGUGUUCGAGUUUUGCUACUUGUAUGGGACGAUAAGACUUCUCAUGAUAAGUUCGGGAUAAGCACGGCUGGAGUUAUGGGGACACAUGAUGAGGAGACUAGGAAAUUCUUCAGGCAUUCUUCUGUGAUAUGUGUAUUGUCACCUCGCUAUGCUAGCAGUAAACUUGGGUUGUUCAAACAACAGGCAAGUCCUGACUCUUUAAAUAUAUGUUUUUUUCCAUGGAAGAUUCUUUCUUUUUUUGUCUCUCUCAGGUUAAGUUAUUUGUUUACUUCCCAGGUUGUUGGCACUCUCUUCACGCACCAUCAAAAAUGUGUUCUUGUAGACACUCAGGCUGUUGGUAAUAAUCGUAAGGUUACUGCUUUUAUUGGAGGUAUAGAUCUUUGUGAUGGCCGCUAUGACACACCUGAACAUAGGAUACUCCACGAUCUUGACACUGUGUUUAAGGAUGAUUUUCACAAUCCUACAUUUCCGACUGGUACUAAGGCUCCAAGACAACCUUGGCAUGAUUUGCACUGUAGAAUAGAUGGGCCUGCGGCAUAUGAUGUUCUCAUGAACUUUGAGCAGCGAUGGAGAAAGGCAACACGUUGGAAGGAGUUCAGCUUACGUUUAAAGGGGAAAACUCACUGGCAGGAUGAUGCUUUGAUCCGGAUAGGACGCAUAUCGUGGAUUCUAAGUCCAGUGUUUAAAUUUUUGAAGGAUGGUACUUCAAUUGUUCCAGAGGACGAUCCAUGUGUUUGGGUUUCUAAAGAAGAUGAUCCUGAGAACUGGCAUGUUCAGGUGUUUCGUUCUAUCGAUUCAGGAUCUGUGAAAGGAUUUCCAAAAUAUGAAGAUGAGGCUGAGGUUCAGAAUCUGGAAUGUGCCAAGCGUCUUGUUGUAGAUAAAAGCAUCCAGACAGCGUAUAUCCAGACAAUCAGAUCUGCUCAGCAUUUCAUAUAUAUCGAGAAUCAGUAUUUCCUGGGUUCUUCUUAUGCUUGGCCUUCCUAUAAAGAUGCUGGAGCUGAUAAUCUUAUUCCUAUGGAGUUGGCACUAAAGAUUGUUAGUAAAAUCAGAGCUAAAGAAAGAUUUGCUGUAUAUGUCGUCAUACCUUUGUGGCCUGAAGGCGACCCAAAGUCUGGCCCUGUGCAAGAAAUUCUAUAUUGGCAGAGCCAAACUAUGCAGAUGAUGUAUGAUGUCAUAGCAAAAGAACUGAAAGCGGUGCAAUCAGAUGCUCAUCCUCUCGAUUACCUUAACUUUUAUUGCCUUGGGAAACGAGAGCAACUUCCAGAUGAUAUGCCAGCCACCAAUGGCAAUGCGGUGUCGGAUUCUUAUAAGUUCCAGCGUUUCAUGAUUUAUGUGCACGCAAAGGGGAUGAUAGUAGAUGAUGAGUAUGUACUCAUGGGAUCUGCUAAUAUCAACCAAAGAUCUAUGGCUGGGACGAAAGAUACUGAAAUAGCCAUGGGCGCCUAUCAACCUCAUCAUACAUGGGUUCACAAGGGAAAACACCCACGUGGCCAGGUGUAUGGAUACAGAAUGUCACUAUGGGCAGAGCAUUUAGGCAAAACUGGAGAUGAAUUUGUGGAGCCAGCAGAUCUGGAAUGUGUGAAGAACGUGAACGAAAUCUCUGAAGGAAACUGGAAAAAAUUCAUAGAUUUGGAAUUCUCAGAGCUACAAGGUCACUUAAUAAAGUAUCCUCUACAAGUAGACAUAGAUGGUAAAGUGAGCCCUCUUCCUGAUUACGAGAAUUUCCCAGAUGUUGGUGGUAAGAUCAUUGGAGCUCAUUCCAUGGCUCUUCCCGACACUUUAACCACAUAAUGUUAAUGUUAAAUACAAAUUUCAGCAUUUUGGGGGUUUCUUCUGAUCCUGAAUAAAUAGCUGGAAAGUGUUGUUUGAGUUGUACAUUUAACUGUGUUGUUCUUUUCAUACAUUCUUUUGUGAUUGUCGUCAAAUAUUUGUCUGGGUGCAAAUUGUAGAAAUAGUGAGCUAUGAGGAAAAACUAUAUGAGGAUAUUUUAUUUUUCUUCUGGGUAUAAUUUGAUUAAUUAAUGAUGUUAA